AUGGCAAAAGGUGGAAUAAGAGCCAAGCUGCGGCGGAGCAGCCUCUACACAUUAGCCAACAUCCGGUCAAAACCAUCGUACAAAAAAGAAGAAGCCGGUGGAGAGCUAUCAGGUUACCCACGUGUCAUCCAAGUCAAUCGACCCGUCGUCCCAGAAGAAGACGCCCCAACAUUUUGCUCAAAUUACGUCUCCACCACCAAAUACACAUUCUUCAACUUCCUCCCAAUCGCCCUUUUCGAACAAUUCAACCGAGUUGCCAAUUUUUACUUCCUGGUGGCUGCCGGUUUAACCUUCACCGACUACGCCCCCUUCGACUGGCCCAGCCAAGUCGUACCCUUAGCCUUGGUUGUUGGUUUCAGUCUCGCCAAAGAAUUAUAUGAGGAUCUUCAAAGGUAUUGGCAGGACAAGGCGGCAAACCGUCGGGACACCGCCGUUCAUGUCGGAAACGGUGUUUUCGAGAAGAAACAGUGGCGGGAGGUUUGUGUUGGUGAUAUUGUGAAUGUAAAAAAAGAUGAAUUCUUCCCUGCUGAUUUGUUGUUGCUACAGUCAAGCUAUGAAGAUGGAAUGUCGUAUGUCGAGACCAUGAAUUUGGACGGCGAGACAAAUUUAAAGGUCAAAAGAGCUCUACAGAAUUUAUCACUUCCAAUGGUUAACGAUGAUGAACCUUCACAUUUUGGGAAUUUCCAACCCACAAUCCGUUGCGAAAACCCUAACCCUAACUUGUAUACAUUCAUGGGUAAUCUAGAGUACGAGGGUCGGAUUUACCCUCUUGAUCCAGCCCAACUUCUACUCCGCGAAUCAAAGCUCAAGAACACCGAGUACAUAUUUGGUGCAGUGGUUUUCACCGGAAACGAUACGAAAGUGAUGCAAAACACCACACAAUCGCCAUCAAAAAGAAGCAAAAUUGAGCUCCAAAUGGAUAAAAUAAUUUACCUGUUAUUCGGGUUGUUGAUACUCAUCUCUAUUGUUAGUGCUGCCGGGUUCGGUUUAGCUGUCCGAAAUGCUGUCCCGCUAUGGUGGUACCUGAGGCCAGACGUCGCCGGAGAAGACUUUAAUGUAAACGAUUUCUUAGUUUCUGCACUAAGACAUCUCAUCACUGCACUUAUGUUAUACGGAUACCUGGUUCCAAUUUCUCUCUACGUUUCAAUAGAAGCCGUUAAAAUUCUUCAAGCGAGUUUCAUAAACAGCGAUUUGCAUUUAUAUGAUGAGGUCACCGGAACACCAGCAAAGGCUAGAACAUCAAAUUUGAACGAACAGUUAGGACAGGUGGACACCAUUCUUUCCGAUAAAACCGGGACACUAACAUGCAACCAGAUGGAUUUCUUAAAAUGCUCAAUUGCCGGGUGUCCUUAUGGGAAACGGUUGAGUGAAGUCGAGCUUGCGGCGGCAAAACAAAUGGCGGCGGCAUUGGAGUCGCGCGAUUCCGAUUCCAGCCACGGGGGUUUAAGUAAUUCCUCCUCUCUGGAAGCAAUUACAAUCUCCAAUAAUGGAAACACCGAGAAAAAGGAAUCGAUUAAAGGGUUUAGCUUUCAAGACGAUCGGUUACAAAAUGGGAAUUGGUUAAAAGAACCGAAUUCUGAAGUUAUACUUUUGUUUUUUCGUAUUCUCGCAGUGUGUCACACCGCGAUUCCGGAGGUUAACGAGAAGACUGGAGAGUUGACUUACGAAGCAGAAUCACCUGAUGAAGGGGCUUUUCUAGUUGCGGCUCGGGAAUUUGGGUUUCAUUUUGUGAAAAGAACUCAAAAUAGCAUCGUAGUUAAGGAAAGACUUUCUAUAAACCAAGAACCGGUUGAAAAGGAAUACAUAAUACUAACUUUAUUGGAUUUCACUAGUAAGAGGAAAAGAAUGUCGGUGAUUAUACGUGAUGAAACUAAUCAAAUCCUUAUGUUUUGUAAAGGUGCAGACACCAUUAUUUUUGAUCGGUUAGCAAGUAACGGGAAAAUAUAUUUAGAGGCGACAACAAAAAAUUUGAACGAUUAUGGUGAUGCGGGGUUGCGUACAUUAGCACUUGCGUAUAAAAAGCUUGAUGAAAAUGAAUACUCGAAUUGGUAUGAAAAGUUUCAUAAGGCCCAAUGCUCAAGUGGGCCAGAUAGAGAGGAUGUGUUAGAAGAACUAUCAGAUGAAAUAGAAAAGGGGUUUACUCUAGUCGGUGCAACCGCCGUUGAAGAUAAGUUGCAGAAAGGUGUUCCUCAAUGUAUCGAUAGAUUAGCUCUUGCCGGUCUAAAAAUUUGGGUUCUCACCGGAGACAAGAUGGAAACGGCGAUUAAUAUCGGGUUCUCGUGUAGUUUGCUCCGACAAGGGAUGAAGCAGAUUUGUAUAGUUGUAUCCGCAGAAAUGUUGGCUCAAGAUACGAAAGACGUUAUAAAGGAUAACAUUUUAUCUCAAAUCACUAGUGCAUUACAAACAGUAAAAGGAAAAAAAGAUCCAAAUGCACCAUUUGCUUUGAUCAUUGACGGAAAAACGCUGACAUACGCUUUGGAAGACGACUUAAAGUUCCAAUUCUUGAACCUCGCCAUAAACUGCGCGUCUGUCAUAUGUUGUCGGGUGUCCCCAAAGCAAAAAGCUUUGGUAGUUCGAUUAGUAAAAGAAGCAACAGGAAGAACGACGUUAGGGAUUGGCGAUGGGGCAAACGACGUCGGAAUGAUCAAAGAAGCAGACAUCGGAAUCGGAAUUAGUGGCGUUGAAGGUAUGCAAGCUGUAAUGGCAAGCGAUUUUGCAAUCGCACAGUUCCGAUUCUUGGAAAGACUCUUGAUUGUUCAUGGACACUGGUGUUACAAAAGAAUCUCAAAGAUGAUUUGCUAUUUCUUCUAUAAAAACAUAACCCUAGCCCUAACGCUAUUCUACUUCGAAGCCCAAGCUGGGUUUUCCGGUCAAAUGCAUUACGACGACUGGUACAUGCUUUUAUACAACGUGUUCUUAACCUCAUGUCCAGUUCUUGCCCUAGGAGUGUUGGAGAAAGAUGUAAACGCAGACAUAUGUCUACAGUUUCCCGCUUUAUAUCAACAAGGCCCAAAGAAUCUGUUUUUCGAUUGGUAUAGAAUAAUUGGGUGGUUAGCAAAUGGCGUUUACUCUUCUAUUGUAAUCUAUAUUAUAAACAUGCGGAUCUUCAGCCCUGAAUCUUUUCGUAAAGAAGGGGAAACAGCGGAUAUGUAUGUGAUAGGUACAGCUAUGUUUACAAGCAUAAUAUGGGUGGUGAAUGUUCAAAUAUUUCUGAUAUCUCAUUACUUGACACGUGUCCAAUUACACACAAUUUGGGGUAGUAUCGUGGUGUGGUAUUUAAUAGUUUAUAUAUAUGGAAUGUUGCCGGUGAGUUGGUCGGCAGGGAAUAUAUAUCAUCAGUUGCCAGAGGUUCUUGGGCCUGCACAAAAGUUUUACCUAUCAACGAUAUUAGUGACUUUGUUGUGUAACAUGCCAUAUCUUAUUCAUAUAUCAUAUCAAAGAUGUUAUAAUCCAGAAGAUCAUCAUGUUCUUCAAGAGAUGAAGAAUUUGAAGAAAGAUGUUACGGAUAAGAAGAUGUGGAAAAGGGAACAAUCGAAAGCAAGACAAGAAACAGAGAUAGGGUUGUCGGCAAGAGUGGAUGCAAAGAUAAGAUAUAUGAAAGGGAGAAUGACCAAGAGAUAUUCACUGCUUGCUCCUCGUUCUCCAUGA